CUUGACUGCAAGAACAAAGAGAAACUAGCAGCCGUCUAUUCCUGUCUUCCUUAGGGCUGCUGCAGUCAGAGAAAGAAAAGACGCUGCAUACCAAUGGCUAGAGAGAAAAGAAGGGAUAAGAGCCCCUGAAAAAGUUUCUUGAAAUGGAAGAAGUUGUAGAUAAUAGGACAUUGGAUCCUGCCUGCACUGCUGAUGAACGCCCAUUCUCCCAUGUAAUAUUGGAAAGCCUUGAUUUAACUGGAAUAUUGCUUUUUGCCAUGCUGACCUUAAUGACAUUCACUGCGAUCUUGGUGUUUGUGGAGGAAGUUUUCUACAUCUACCACAAAAUCCCUCCGUCCAAAAGGUCAAUUUUUGUUUGGAUUAAUGGAGUAGCUCCAGUGAUAGCUACUACAUCUUGCAUUGGGAUGUGGAUUCCUCGCUCAACUAUGUUUGCAGAUUUUGCUGCAGCAGUCUUUUUUGCUAUCGUUAACCACAAGUUCCUGCUCAUGAUGAUGGUGGAGUGUUCAGGCCAAAAAUCCUUCCUCAGAUACUUUGCGAAUGGCCGCUUCAAGAUAAGCACGGGACCAUGCUGUUGCUGUUGCCUUUGCCUUCCAAAUGUACACAUCAAUAGGCGAACACUAUUUUUACUGAAGCUGGGGACUUUCCAGUUUGCUUUCCUCUGUCCUGUGCUAUUGCUUCUGUCAGUAGUGCUUUGGACCAACAGAAAUUACAGCCUUUCUGAUUUAUCCUUCAGUGGAGCUGCCAUAUGGAUUAACUGCUUCAUAGGUGUCCUGACACUCAUUGCCUUGUGGCCAAUUGGAAUUAUGUUUCAACAAGUUCGAGUUCUCCUUGGCUAUAAGAAGAUUACUCCUAAAUUUGUCCUUUAUCAGUUUGUACUUAUUUUGAAUCAGCUCCAAGCAACCAUCAUCAAUGUACUGGCUAUGGAAGAAGUAAUUGCUUGUGUUCCUCCACUUUCAUCUUCAGCAAGAGGAGCUUAUAUGAACCAACAGCUGCUGAUUAUGGAAAUGUUUCUCAUAACUUUGAUUUCCCGAGUUGUCUACAGGAAAAGAUAUGACCUGGAAUUUCUACAGGAUUCAGACCAGGCAACAAAGGGCACAAAGCGGAACAACACAAUCAGUGAGAAAGCCAACAUUUGUGAAAAGGAAACAACAUCCAUUUAG